UAGCGCUCUCACAAACAUGGUGAACGUUCCUAAAACCCGCCGGACUUUCUGUAAGAAGUGUGGCAAGCACCAGCCCCACAAAGUGACACAGUACAAGAAGGGCAAGGAUUCUCUGUAUGCGCAGGGAAAGCGGAGUUACGACAGGAAGCAGAGUGGUUAUGGUGGGCAGACUAAGCCGAUUUUCCGCAAAAGGGCUAAAACUACAAAGAAGAUUGUCCCGAGGCUUGAAUGUGUUGAGCUCAACUACAGAUCUAAGAGAAUGCUGGCUGUUAAGAGAUGCAAACAUUUUGAACUGGGAGGAGGUAAGAAGUGAAAG